GGACGGCUUGGCCCUAAGUGGGCGGAACGCGGACGCUGCAGGGGGCGGGCCACGUGUCCAGCCCUAACGAAACGGUGACUAGCCCCAGGAAGUCCGGCAGAGGCUUCAGCAGUAGCUGUCCGAGCGCCGAGAGGUGAGGGUGCCCCCGGCCUCACCUGCGGAGGGGCCGUUCCAGGCCCGAACCCGGCACCUUCCGGAAAAUGGCAGCUGCCAGGCCCAGCCUAGGCCGAGUCCUCCCGGGAUCCUCUAUCUUGUUCCUGUGUGACAUGCAGGAGAAAUUUCGCCACAAAAUCGCCUACUUCCCACAGAUCGUCUCGGUGGCUGCCCGCAUGCUCAGGGUGGCCCAGCUGCUGGAGGUGCCAGUCAUGCUGACAGAGCAGUACCCGCAAGGCCUGGGCCCCACAGUGCCCGAGCUGGGGGCUGAGGGCCUGCAGCCACUGAGCAAGACCUGCUUCAGCAUGGUGCCUGCCCUGCGGCAGGAGCUGGACAGCCGGCCCCAGCUGCAAUCUGUGCUGCUCUGUGGCAUUGAGGCACAGGCCUGCAUCUUGAACACAACCCUGGACCUCCUGGACCGGGGGCUGCAGGUGCAUGUGGUGGUGGAUGCCUGCUCCUCACGCAGCCAGGUGGACCGGCUGGUGGCGCUGGCCCGCAUGCGGCAAAGUGGCGCCUUCCUCUCCACCAGCGAAGGCCUCAUUCUGCAGCUUGUGGGUGAUGCUGCCAACCCCCAGUUCAAGGAGAUCCAGAAGCUCAUCAAGGAGCCAGCCCCAGACAGCGGACUGCUGGGCCUCUUCCAAGGCCAGAACCCUCUCCUCCACUGAACUCCAUCCCUGCCUUGAGGGGAGACCACCCUCCUGUCUCCCGGACCUCAGUGGAAGCGCUUUCCCCCAUCCCUGGAUCCCAAGAGUGGUGCGGUCCACCAGGAGUGCCGCCCCCUUGGGGCGGGGGCAGGGUGCUGGCUUCCUAUUGGACAGCCGCUCCCGGAAAUGUAAAUGAGACUCCUGGGAGCUGGGCGGGAAUUGGCUAAGCCGAGAUGGAGGCGGGGCUCGGCCCCGGGCCGCUUCACGGGGCGGGAAGGGGAGGGGAAGGAGUCUCAGGCUGUGGGACUCGGACUCGCAGAAUAAACACUUAUGUGGCUGUGGA